AUGGAGAUCCCAGCUCGUAUGAUCAAUGCGCCAGAGCUGAAGUAUGGACCGGGAUCUAAGCAAGCAACUGUUCAGCCGAGGGAUGGUGCUUGGACUCUGGUUGACAAGAAGUUUUCCAAGCCCAUGUCACUUGGGACUUGGAUUGUUGUAAUAUUCAUGCCCCAGAACAGCUUUAGUCCAGAUGACGCAAAGCGGACAAUAACCGGUCUCGUUCAAGGGUGUGAAGCUGUCGGCAUGCCAGUUCCAGAAAAACAACCGUUAUUUGUCUAUAAGAAUCCCCAGAGUGACGUAGAUCAGUCUCUCUCGGAUGCAGUGAUGCAAAACAGAUCUGAGCGCAAGACGACACCAACGUUCAUUGUGUGUAUCCUCCCUGAUGGGAGCGACACGGAUUUGUAUACGGCAGUCAAACACUGCGGUGACAUAAGGAGAGGUGUCGCUAAUCAAUGUCUCCACGUCGGUAAAUGUAGGAAUGCCCGACCACAAUACUGGGCCAAUGUUGCACUGAAGAUUAAUGCCAAGUUAGGCGGUGUCAAUGACAUCCCAGACCCAAAGUUAGCGCCGAUCAUCUCCGAUCCUAGGCAGCCGACAAUUGUCAUGGGCGCAGACGUAUGGGCAUAAUAGCGUGCAAAAAUUCACGUAGGUGCAAGUCGCGUUUUUCCGGUCGCAAGUUGGUUAUUAGCCCCCAAGUUUGAUUGUAUCCUUCCGCAAGUUAGUAUUUUUUUUUUCGCAAGUUUGCUGUUAGCUAUAGCUUCAGAAUAAGUAUGCCUAGGCUGAAAUAUACAAAUAUCUGUCCAGCUGUCAGGGUACCCGACAUUGGUUAUGAACCAUAGCAACGUCAACAUUCCGGGAAGGAAUACGGUACCUACAGUCCUAUGAAGUGGUGGGCCGUCGCGGGGCACGGCAUGUCCUCGUCCUGUGUUAAUGAGGGGUGAGACGGAAAGUGCUUGAUGUAUA